CUCGUGGGUACAUUGACCUGUCUCGACGGCCAUCCCAAAACUUUCGUCGACUUGUCUCGAAGAGUCGCCUAGUUCAACCGUAACUUGAAGGUGAAGAACGCAGGCGGCGGCUGGCACAAGCCAUCGCGACUUUGUGCGGUGGCUCGAAUUCGACCGACUGCGACACGAGGGGACCACAAAAUUUCUACACAACGAGACAUUACCAACAGUCCUAUCCCGCCCAACCUUCAACCACGUGAAAACCCAUUCCCUUGCCAACGUAUCAUCCAUUCCACCACGGUUCACUUUCCAUUUCGAAUUUUCCACCAUGGCUGGAGGUGGAGUGCUGAUUGACGCAAACAACGACGGGGCCAUGUCGGCACCGACCCAAGGCUCCAAGACGUACGCCGUCGUGGUGUGUGUGUUUGCAUCGCUGGGCGGCAUCUUCUUUGGGUACGACCAAGGCGUGACGGGUGGCGUCCUCGUCAUGGACUCGUUCUUGAACGACUUUUGCGUCGGCUAUGGCUCGAACACGUACCAGCAAUGCAACUCGACGGCGGCGGACCUCCCCGAGAACUGGCUCAACUUCACCACGCUCUUCAACGUGCUGUACUACCUGGGGUGCAUCCUCGGCGCGUACGUGGGGGGCGUGGUCGCGGACAAGUUUGGUCGCCGUAUGACGAUCUUCAGCGCGGGCGUGCUCUUUUGCAUUGGCACGUGUCUGCUCGUGUUUACGGUCAAGGGAGGGCACACGAUGUCGCUGAUUGCGCGCGUGAUCCAAGGCAUGGGGGUCGGCAACUCUUCGUUUUCGCUGCCGAUCUUUGGGGCCGAGAUGGCGCCCAAGGAGCUUCGCGGGAUGCUGUCCGGGUUCAUGCAGAUGUCGAUCGUGACGGGGAUCUUGCUGGCCGGGAUCAUCAACAUUGCGGUCCAGGACACAGAGCAAGGGUGGCGCACGACGAACGCGGUCGCGAUGGCGUUUCCCGUGAUCGUCAUGUGCGGCAUCUUUUGCGUGCCGGAGAGUCCUCGCUGGGUGUACAAGCACAAGAGCCGCGAGGCUGCCGAGAUAACGCUUGUGCGGUUGCGCAAGACGGACGACGUGGGCGACGAGCUGCGCGCGAUCGGCGACGCACUCGCGGAGGAAGGCACGCACGCGACGACGUGGGGAGACGUGUUCCACCCGACCGUGCGUCGCCGCGUGUACAUUGCGAUGGCGCUGCAGCUGCUCCAGCAAGCGACGGGCAUCAACCCUGUGUUUGUGUACGGCGGUCAGAUCUUCAAGGACGUGUUGGGGGACGGGCUCACGUCGCUGCUGAUUCUCCAGAUCGUCAACUUUGUGAGCACGAUCCCGGCCAUGUACUGGGUCGAUCGGUUCGGGCGUCGGAGUUUGCUGUUGGUCGGAGGCGCGGGCAUGGUGCUGGGGCACUUGGUGUCGGCCACGUCGUUCACGGUCGGGUGCAAGGGCGACACGGACGACCUCCAGUGCGACAAGUCGGCGGGGUGGGUCAUGAUUGCCGCAACGGCGUUCUUCAUCUUCAACUUUGCCAUCAGCUGGGGGCCGAUCUGCUGGAUCUACCCCGCCGAGAUCUUCCCCAUGCGCGUGCGAGCGAUGGCGGUGUCGCUGUCCACCAUGACCAACUGGACCAUGGGCGCGCUCAUGAUUGGCAUCCCCAAGUUGUUUCCGUACUUGAACAUCAAUGGCGUGUUCUACCUCUUUGCCGUGCUCUGUUCGUGUGCUGCCGUGUUUGUGUACUACUUUUGCCCCGAGACCAAGAACAUUUUGUUGGAAGACAUCGAGUUCUUGUUCCAGCAGCACGCGGGCGGUGACGCGGAUGCGACGACGGUCAAGACGCCCGUGGACAAAGAGAUUUAGGAGGUUGUAGGAAGGCGCAAGAGUAUAUAUCUAACAAAGCAGUGAAUGUGAUCGUUUGAUGGUUGCAAGAUGCA